AUGAGGGCAGAGAGUCUAUUUCUGGUAUCGCAAUGCCUGUUGGGAUUUGUGCUGUAUAGCAAAGCAUUGUCAACAUGCAAUCCUUUAGACCUGGAACUGAUAAAGAGAAAACGCAUUGAAGCCAUUCGAGGACAGAUCCUCAGCAAGCUACGACUACCUAAGGAACCAGAAGUAGAUGAUGAAAAGGAGUUAGAAAACAUCCCAGCAGAACUGAUCUCAUUGUACAACAGCACUGUAGAACUAAACCAGGAGCAGUUGGCGGAUCCCGUACACCUGCAUGCAGAAGAUCCUACCGAGGAAGAUUACUAUGCUAAAGAGGUUCACAAGUUCACAAUAAGACCAAUGCUUGAAAACCCAGACAUGCUGUUAUGGUUCAACAUCACAGAUAUAAAGGAAAAAUUGGGUUCAAACUCCAUGCUCUCCCAGGCGGAGCUCCGUAUGCGCAUCAAGGAGACCAAAAUAAUUAAUUCAGAGCAGAGAAUGGAGCUGUACCAGGACACUGGGGACAAGGCGCGCUACCUGUAUUCACGCUUCAUUACCAAUCAAAUGCUUGGCAAGUGGAUUUCAUUUGAUGUGACGUCAACCCUAAAAGACUGGCUGCAGAAGACGGAGGUGGAGCAAGGAUUUCAGUUGAGAGUGUCCUGUGGAUGUACGAAAGAACAAUUCCAAUUCAAAAUAUCAGGUUCAUUUUCUGCAUUCAGAGGCGAUAAAGCCAGCUUACAAGGACAAGAGCCAAAGCCCCACCUUUUGGUAAUGUCACUUCCUGCUGACGGCCACGGCCCAUCAAAAUCUCGCAAAAAACGACAAACUGAUGGAGUUUGUACCGAAAGGUCUGAGGACUGUUGUGUGAGGAGCCUGUACAUUGAUUUCCGCAAAGACCUGGGCUGGAAGUGGAUACAUGAACCUUCUGGUUACAAUGCCAACUAUUGCACUGGCUCUUGCUCUUACGUCUGGUCUUCAGAAAAUAAGUACUCACAGGUUCUUGCACUGUAUAGGCAUCAUAAUCCUGGUGCAUCUGCUCAACCCUGCUGCGUACCUCAGGAUCUAGAGCCACUGACCAUCAUUUACUAUGUGGGGCGAAGACAUAAGGUAGAACAGCUGUCAAAUAUGAUUGUGAAGACCUGCAAGUGUAGCUGAAAGUGGCGUUUCCGUUUGGUCCUGAUUAGCACAGUCAAGAGAGGAACAUCUUGAGGCCCAGUAUUUUCUGAGGGGAACUAUUUAAUUCCUUUUUUUGUCAACUUGUCCUUUUUGUUUUACUUGACUCCACUGUAUCACAUUUAGAUAUUGUAGUAUUGCUUGUUUUGUACUUUUUGUACUCUACAUUUAUGUUGUGAAUAAUACUCUACAUAUGCUGUGCAUGUUGUCAUAGAAGUGGACAUAUUCAUUGUUUGAUAUAAAGGUGCCCAAAGUGUUCAAUAUUAUUAAUAUUAUUUAGCAGAUAAAUCAUAUUGUGACUGAACAUUUUCACCACAAUUCAGGUGUAGUUUUUUUUUUUAAAUUAUUUUAACAUUAUCUUACUCUUUUUUUUUUUCUCCAGAAAAUCUGAAUAAAGUUUUGCAAAUGAAAACUGUUGGACAUGUGUUUACAGAACAGACUAAAUAGGAAAAAAAGUGAAAAGUGUCGAUGUCUGUACUUCCAGGUCAACAAUAAGCAUUGCUUUAACUUAAUUUAUGCUUAAAUAUGCUGUUGGCAGCAAAAAACAAAAACAACAACAACAAAAAACUUGGUUUUUAUAUAUGUACUUGUGAAUUAUUUUUUAAAUUAUUUUAAAACUUAUUUUUGUUUUGUAAUUAAUCCUUCUUAAAAACCAGAAUCCACUGCUUUUUGCACAAUAUAUCCAAAAUGCAGCUAUAAAUUAGUUCAAGUUUUUUUUAAAGUCAGAGCUGUUGGUGUCAUUUUAUUUCUGUAUAAUUGCGAUCAAUUUUGUUUGAUGUUUUAAAUGUGUUGAGCUGUUUUCCCGGUGUCCACAUUUUGUUACAGGUGUUCAGGAAAGGCAAUUUCCUGCCAGCUAUUUUGUUGUGGCUUCAGAGCUGGCAAGGCUUUUGUUGUUUGAUUUUAUAAAGGAAGUGAAUUAAAAGUGGAAUGUUUGUAUGCUGAAUGUACGCUGGUAUGUUUGUACACUGCAUUUUAUUUAAUGAUCUUACUGAGAAUAUAAUAGAAUAACAGUCACUUAGUUACAAUAAAUUAUCUUGAUGUACCUGUUUGUUAGUUGAGAAAAUGAUAUACAGCAGUAGCCAACAGGGAUAUGCGAAGGGAAUUUUUGUUUUUAAUGACCCUACAAGUUUGAUUAAACCAUCAAUAUAUGGGAAAAAUGUUAGUUCUCUAUCAUGUUUCAUUGCAUCAUCACAAAUAAAGCAAUUGACUUCAAGCACAA